CUUACGAACAUAUAUAUAUAUAUAUAUAUAUAUAUAAUUCAAGAAAAGAACUGUUAAAUACCUCAUCCUAAAUUUAUAAAAAGGCCACUAUUCUCAAACACUUGCUAGUUACUAAUGUGCGUCUUUUUUAGUAUCCAACUCACAAGUCCAACACCAUUAGUUUCUGCCUUACACCCAAAAUCCUUCACACACUCACACUCACUCACUUGCAGUUCAUCAAUAACUGGUUUGCACCUCCAAUUUUCAUCUCCUCAUUCUGUAAUCCUCAAAACUCCCCCUUCCAUAAAUGGCUUUCUUAAUCCAGUUCAACAAUCACACCCCUAAUUUCCAAGAACCUUCUAAUUCUCAAACAAGAAAAAAUACUAUAUAUAAAUGGCGACUUAUGGUGGCAGCAGCAACAACAGCAACAAUAUCGGGGGCAGUAAUAACUCUACUGCCCCCGAUAAUAACAAUUAUUCAGGGCGUCACCCCGUUUAUCGAGGAAUAAGGCGAAGAAAAAGUACUGGAAAAUGGGUGUCAGAAAUCCGCGAGCCGAGAUCCCCUAACAAGAUCUGGCUCGGCACGUUUCCCACACCUGAAAUGGCAGCGGUGGCAUAUGACGUGGCAUCAAUAGCACUUAAGGGCCCGGAUACCGAUCUUAAUUUUCCAAACUCGGCUGCCUCUCUACCUGUUCCUGCCACGAGCUCGGCUCGUGACAUACAGGCAGCUGCAGCCAGUGCGGCUGCAGCUGUAGGGGCAGCCGGGGACGCAUUGUUAGCCGCGGCUCGGAGUAGAGAAGUAGUAAACGAGAAGGGUAAAAUGGAAAAUUUAGAGAUCAUUGGGAAUAAUAAUUAUGAUGAGUUUAUGGAUGAAGAUUUGAUAUUUGAUAUGCCUAAUGUUCUUGUAAAUAUGGCUGAAGGGAUGUUACUUAGUCCACCAAGGUUCAGUUUCCCUGAUGAUGAAACUACUACUGCCUACCAGAACUUGUGGAAUGAUACCUAAUUUACUACAUCUACAAGCAACUUAAAAAAUAAGCUUUAAUGUAAUUAUGAAAAAGUAUAAAAUAAUCUUGACCUUAAUUAAGAUGAAUAUGUAAAUUAUAAUCUCAACUAUCUAUGUGUGGAAAUUAUGUGUGUGUUUCCAUGCAGGUUUUUUUAUUGCUUGUAAAGGGUUUUCAUGUUAUUUCAUCAAGAUUUGGUUGAA